UCUCUCUUCUCCCCCCAGGAGUCGAAUUCACUGCCAUGUCCUCUGAAGAAGGGAAGCUCUUCGUGGGGGGGCUCAACUUCAACACCGACGAGCAGGCGCUGGAAGACCACUUCAGCAGCUUUGGGCCUAUCUCUGAGGUGGUCGUGGUCAAGGACCGGGAGACUCAGCGAUCCCGGGGUUUUGGCUUCAUCACCUUCACCAACCCAGAGCAUGCCUCAGAUGCUAUGAGAGCCAUGAAUGGAGAGUCCCUGGAUGGUCGCCAAAUCCGUGUGGACCAUGCGGGCAAGUCUGCCCGGGGAACCAGAGGGGGUGCCUUUGGGGCCUAUGGGCGUGGUCGCAGCUACUCUAGAGGUGGCGGGGACCAGGGCUAUGGGAGCGGCAGGUAUGACAGUCGACCUGGAGGAUAUGGAUAUGGAUAUGGAUAUGGACAUGGACGGUCCAGAGACUAUAGUGGCAGAAGCCAGGGUGGUUAUGAUCGCUAUUCAGGAGGAAAUUACAGAGACAAUUAUGACAAUUGAGAUGAGGCAUGCCCACAUAAUGUAGAUACACAAGGAAUAACACUUCUGAUCCAGGAUCGUCCUUCCAAAUGGCUGUAUUUAUAAAGAUUUUUGGAGCUGCACUGAAACAUCUGUUUU